AUGUCGGCAAAACAACUUGCAGAAUUUGGAAGACAGCAUAUUUCACGUGGAAUAAGUCGGAGCACUAACUUGGUCAUUGAACGAGCCAAAGGCUCUUAUAUAUAUGACGUUCAAGGAAAAAAAUAUUUAGAUUUUUCGUCAGGUAUAGGGGUAACUUCUUUAGGGCAUUGCCAUCCAAAGGUCGUAAAAGCCGCUCAAGAACAAGUCGCAAAAUUGAAUCAUGCACAAGUCAAUAUCGCUUUUCAUAAGCCAAUGCUGGACCUUAUCGGAAAAUUAAAACCCGUAAUGCCUUCAACUCAACUUGACUCGUUUUUCUUCUGGAAUUCUGGUUCAGAAGCUGUUGAAGCUGCAUUAAAGUUGGCGAGGCACGCGACAAAAAAGCAGAAUUUAAUCGUAUUUCAAGGGGGGUAUCAUGGAAGAACCGUCGGGACGAUGUCGCUUACUACGUCAAAGACAAUUUACAGAGCACGCUUCGGACCAUUUAUGCCAGGAGUUCAUGUUGCACCCUUUCCAUAUUGCUUUACUUGUCCGGUACAUCGCGCCGUUCCACAAAAACAUAACAUAAUUAAUUGUUGUGAUAAUCCAAUUGAACAAGUUGAACUUCUUCUAAAACAACAAACUACUCCAGAGGAGACGGCGGCAGUGAUUGUUGAACCAGUAUUAGGAGAAGGAGGAUAUGUUUCACCUCCAAAGAGCUUUCUUCCGAAGUUGAGGGAAAUUUGCACUAAGAAUAAUAUUUUACUAAUUCUUGAUGAAGUUCAGUCUGGCUUUGGGAGAACUGGCAAAAUGUUUGCAACUGAACAUUUUGGUAUUAUACCGGACAUUAUGGUGAUGGCCAAAGGAAUUGCUUCUGGAUUCCCUCUGAGUUGUAUUGUUUCGAGAAAGGAAUUGAUGGAUACACAACCGCCGGGGAGUAUGGGAGGAACGUAUGCUGGUAAUGCUGUAUCAUGUGCGGCGGCAAUAGCUACGCUAGAAGUAUUUGAAGAAGAAAGAAUAUUAGAAAACGUCAAUAAUAGGUCAUCUCAGCUAUUUUCAUUACUUAAUUCCCGGCUAAAACCAAUAUUGCCUCCACAUAUUGGAUUAGACAUUCGUGGUUUAGGCCUGAUGGUUGGACUAGAGUUUACAGGUGUACCACGUGGGUUUGUUGCAGCAGUAGCUAAAGCGGGAGUUGAAAAGCAUGAUAUUAUUUUAUUAACUACUGGGAUUUACGAGACUUUGAGAUUAAUUCCACCAUUAAUAGCUACAGAAGAUGAAAUCAAUGACGGAGUCGAGAGAUUGAUUCAGUCAGUUGAUAUUAUAUUGAAAAAACUUGAAAAGGACGGAAAUAUCUAA